AUGGAGACAGACACAAAUUUCCUCAAGGUCGAGCGCAAUGGCGCCGUCUUUAUCGUUACAUUACAGAAACCCCCAGAGAACCGCCUUACAACGGGCCUAUGUCAGUCUCUGAUUAAUACCUACCGCCGCAUUGAGCAAACGCUCUCUGAAAAGCCUGAGCCGGAAGGCGUAGUGAUCUUGCGCGGACAGGACGCGAAAUUCUUCACUACUGGACUGGAUCUAGACGAAAGAGGUACCAAUAUCUUCGCUAGCACCGACGGUUUCUACCCGCUCGUCCGCACAAUCCUCGACUUUCCCUUCCCAACAAUCUGUCUGAUUACGGGACACACCUUCGGCGGUGCCUGCCUGCUAACCCUAGCACACGACUAUCGAAUUAUGAAUUCCAAGCGCGGCUUUUGGUCCAUGCCACCGGUGAACCUGGGUCUCCAUUUCAACGGGAUGGGCGCAUUGCUACGAGCCAAGUUGCACCCCCAGGUCGCGAGAAAGGUCCUCUUGGAAGCACACAAGUUCACUGGCAAAGAGGCGCUGGAGGCGGGGAUUGUGGAUGAGAUUGCCGCGCCGGAAGAGAUGCUGGAUCGGGCUCUUGCGCUGGCAGAGAAGGUGAAGGGGAAGUCGCGCAUGGGGGUGUUUGCGCUGCUGAGGAGUGAACUGUAUGGGGAUGCGUUGAAGAAGUUUCAACAGAUUAGCCAUGUGCAUAGUCGGGAGACGUCGAGGCAGCCGAAGGCGAAGAUCUAG